ACUCCCGUAUCCCAAACCAGCUCAAACACCACCCAACCUCUUGUGUCCUCUUCCACCUCUUCAGUAGAAGCAAUUCAUUCAUCUAUGCAGGUUACUGUUCACAGACUGAAUGGAAGCAACUACUUGGAAUGGUCUCAAUCCGUAAAAUUGGCCAUUGAUGGUAGAGGCAAACUAGGGUUCUUGACAGGUGAGACCAAAGUCCCAGAACCUGAUGAACCAAAUUACAAGGUAUGGCGAUCGGAGAACUCCCUGGUCACUGCAUGGCUGCUUAAUUCCAUGGAUGCUUCAAUAGCUAGAUCCCAUAUGUUCCUCAAGACAGCGAAGGAAGUCUGGGAUGCUGUUCGUGAGACUUAUUCAGAUCUGGAAAAUUUCGCACAAACCUUUGAGCUGAAAACUCAACUAUGGAAAUCCAAGCAGGGUCAGCGUGAUGUGACCACUUACUAUAACGAAAUGGUCUCUUUUUGGCAGGAACUUGAUCACUGCAACAACGAUGUAUGGGAGAACAAGAAUGACCAAGCUCGCCAGAAGAAACGUGAAGAAAAUGAUCGUGUCUUUAUGUUUCUUGCCGGUGUGAAUCAAAACCUUGACGAUGUCAAAGGUAGACUUCUUGGCCGUCGACCUCUUCCAUCAAUCCGUGAGGUCUUCUCAGAAGUUCGUCUUGAAGAGAAUAGGCGCAAGAUCAUGAGCACGGACAAACAUCUGAUGGACAGUGACAAUGCUGCAAAUGAUGCCUCUGCACUGGUAGUUCGAAACAAUGAACAAAUCGGGGACCAGAAGAAGAAACCCUGGUGUGAUUUCUGCAAGAAGUUGUGGCACACCCGUGAUACAUGCUGGAAGAUUCAUGGCAAACCACCGGGGUGGAAACCUAAAUCUGAUCGAGCCCUUCACACCAUGGUUGAACCUCCUGCAGUGCAACAAGUCAAAUCAGAAACGGCCCAAUUCACUCAAGGACAAAUAGUGCAAAUCCUGAAAAUGAUAUCUGAAUCUGAUAGAGCCUCUUCUGGAACCGGUCUCGGGAAAGAUGAUUGGCAGUGCUAGAGCAAGUGAUGGUCUCUACAUCCUAGAUGAGGAAACCAACUUAAAUAAGAAAGCUUUAGGAAGUUCAUGUCUGCAAACCGCUUCUGUUUUGAGUAAUGAUGAAAUUUAUUUGUGGCAUUUUAGAUUAGGACAUCCUAGUUUUUAUUACUUGAAAAAAUUGUUUCCAAGUUUGUUUC